GGGUGGUAGGUUAUCGCAACUAUUGAGUGUUCUGAUAUUCAUUGAGCUUGACAUGCUCCCCUGACAUUGACACGGAGCUGUAUCUCAGUAGUCAAGACAGUAGUAGGACAUCAUGACAGAUUCGAAUGCAUCCAAUAGUGUGGAGACACAGAAGGAGUUCUUCCUCCGCCUUGCAAACGUUGUUGGAGAUGGGCUGUUAUGUGUCAGUAUUGCCAUGGGGAUAGAGACUGGUCUUUUCCAGACGAUGAUCGACUUGAAAGAAGAACACAAGACGUCUCAAGAGAUCGCCGAUGCAGGAGACUUCAAGGAAAGAUACGUAAGAGAGUGGCUGGGGAGCCAGGUGGCUGCAAAGAUUGUUGAGUAUGAUCCGAAGGAUGGAACCUACUGGCUUCCGUCGCAGCGAUACGCAGUCGCCGGCACUGUGAAGGCAUCUGCAAUGACACGGGCUGUCCCUAAUCUGUGCGCAGCCUUCUUUGAUGUAGCAAAGUGCUUCAAGAAAGAUGGACCUCGGGGUGUUUCAUAUGAUAAGUACGCCCACUUUGAUGAAUUAAUGGCAGGAAUGAACCAAGAGUUCUUCAACGACUGUUUGAUCCAAUCGUUCCUCCCUUCAAUGCCUAAACUGCACCAGCAACUCCAGGAUGGAAUAAAAGUACUGGAAAUCGGAUGCAGCCAGGGGAUGUCCACUAGAAUUAUUGCUAAAAAUUUCCCCAACAGUCAGGUGUACGGCAUCGACAUCACCGAGUCUGGCAUCAAAGAGGCACAAGAAAAAGCCACCGAAGCGGGAUUGGGUAAUGUCCAUUUCAUUUUCAUGUCGGCAACUGUCCUGCCCUCUGAUUGGUCGGAAACGUUUGAUUACGUCUUUGUGCAUAAUGUUCUUCACGACCUUCCUUAUCCCAUGAAAUCGCUCCACGAGAUUAUGCGUGUCUUGAAGAAGGGAGGAACCCUGUCGGUCGUAGACACUGCCACCUACUCCAAGCUGGAAGACAACAUAGCCAAGAUUCCGACCUUUGCGAGAAAUGCCUAUGUUCUCAGCAUGAUGAAUUGCAUUCCCACGUCACUAAACAAUGUAGAUGGAGCGGGUCUGGGGGCAAUGUGGGGGCGCGAGAAAGCUCAGGAAAUGAUGAAGGCAGCCAACUUUGAUAUCAUCUCAAUAAGUAGUAUUCCUAAAUCAACCUCUCUUCAUUAUCAAUGUCAAAAAAUGUAACUGAUAUUGAGAUUCUGAACUCUUCAGUAGUAGGAGUAAACUUUCAAGUAUUCUCUCCUAUUGAAUGCUGGUAACACUAGCGUAAGUCAUUGCACAUUUUUGCUGUUGCUCCUAUUGUUGAUGUCCAGAUAUUUCUUUUUUGCAUUAUGCUAAUCGUUAUUAAAUCGUCGCGGUACCUGCUGUUAAUAUAUAGGAUUCGAACUGCCUCUAGCUACCGGGCAAUCUCGGUGGUAUGACACUGCUAUAGAAUUGCAAAGGUCAU